ACGUGAUUUUCAGUGUACAGUGACGCGGAGCUGAGCAUGUAACCAGGAAGAGCCUGCUCGAAAUUCAACAUGAUAACAGAAGAUACCAAUGAUGAAGACGUGUCUCUGUUUGAUGCAGAGGAGGAUGCAGGGAAAAGGUCAAAGAGGACAAAUAUUAAGCAUCCGGUGGCGUCCUUCUUCCACCUCUUCUUCAGAGUUAGUGCCGUCCUCGUCUACCUGCUCUGUGAGAUUUUCAGUAGAAGUUUCAUCGCUUGCAUGGUUACAAUCAUCCUUCUGCUGUCAUGUGACUUCUGGACAGUAAAGAACAUCACUGGGAGGUUGAUGGUUGGUCUCAGGUGGUGGAACCAAGUGGAUGAUGAUGGUCGAAGCCACUGGGUGUUUGAGUCGAGGAAGGGUACUGGGAAGCAACCAGCCUCAGAUUCAGAGUCCCGAAUCUUCUGGCUUGGGCUGAUUGUUUGUCCGGUCAUCUGGGUCAUCUUUGCCUUCAGCACCCUCUUUUCUUUCAGGAUUAAAUGGCUGCCUGUAGUGAUCAUGGGUGUGGUGCUGCAAGGGGCCAACCUUUAUGGAUAUGUGCGGUGUAGAGUGGGAGGCAAGACCAGUUUAAAGAACAUGGCAACAAAUUACUUUGGACGACAGUUUCUCAAACAGGCGCUUUCUAAAGAAGAAGAAUCGUAGAGUUCAGCUCUGCGAUUUUAAUGUUUGCAUUAUUCUUAAUGCUACAAUAUAUAUUCUUUUAGCAAGUGGACACAUAGAAAAAAAUGUUUUUUUUCACCACACAAACUGAAAAUAACAGACAUUGAUUUUUUUUUCUUUUUAACAUAAUGUUUGAUUCAGUCCCAAUAGAGAGAGUUUCCACAGAGAGGUCAGAGGUCAGAUGUCAGAGGUGGUGACUGUUUUCCAUAACUGAAGCUCAGCAAUAAACCCUCACCGACUUUAACUGAUCCUUCAGCGUAAGUGCAUGAGUGAAGAAAAGGGUGCAAGUGUCUCAAGUAGUCUCACAGCUCCCUCAGAUAUCUUAUUUAGUUUUUUUCUUUGCCUUUUAACUCCAAACUUUAUAAAAUGGAUAAAAAGGAAUAUAUGGUUUCUGAGAGACAAACUUCUUUGUUUGUAUGAUAGACAGUAACAGUGUAAAGUAUUCCAGGAGAUUUGUAAAUAUGUAAAGAAACUGUGCAACAUCAUCUUUAAAUACAUUUGUAACAUUUU